UAUCUGCACGGAGUUACGAUGCUCUUUGUUUUCUUACUGCCGGCAUAUUCCGUUUAUCAUUCCAACUCAAGUAACGUCGUGGAAGGUGUUGAUGGCAUUAUAAGAAGAUCGAUUUUAAUAACGUGUUGUGAACCACAUUGUUGAUAGACUAUAAUUCAGUAUUUUUUUGGAUUAGCCUUGCAAGAACUUCAACUUUGUACAUGUUAACUAUUGCUUGUUUAAAUUGUAUGGGAAAAAUUGAUGUCAUUAAACGAAGAACAAAAUUUUGAAUUUCAACAGUUUUAUGUGUAAUUUGUUUGUCGAGAGUCAUGACUGAAGGUAUAACUAAUCAGGCAUUUAACGAGGUGGGAAGGAAACUUAGUCGACAUAGCCUUAACAUUUCGAUUAAGCUCGAGGAUGAUGAAUCUGUAGAAUCUGAAGAUCGUCCAUCGAAAGAACCGAAUAACGAAAGUGAUAAGAGAUCUGUAAAUUAUUUGCGAGCUUUUAUUGAUGAAAAUGGAACAUUUUUCAGAUAUGUUCGAAUAGCAAUCUUGAAUCUCAUAAUCAUUACUUAUUUUGUAUUUGCUAGCAUUUACUGGAUUAAUCACAGUAAGUAUUUAGUCUUUUUGAUUGAAUAUUUUGAUAAUAAGCAGAAGAUGGAUUUCGGAUGGUGUGAUGGCUAUGGAAUGCUAAUUUUGAUAGUAGGAUUUUCAUAUUUUGGUAUUCUCUAUCAAAAGGUUUUUAAGAAAUGUUUGAGCAAGCUGAUAAUAACAUGUUUUUUACCUUGUGAGAGUCACUUUGCAAGUUGUAAACAGAGAGGAUGUUUUGUCCGUAGUAUAAAGACAGUAUUCUGCUUGACUGUAUUGGUCGGCAUUGCGAUUUUCUUGAUCCUUGAUACCGUGCAAUCGAGGAACCGAUUGAUAAGUUUUACUGGUGUCGCUGCUAUCUUAGCAUUUGGAUGGGUAUUUUCGAAACAUCCCACCAGAAUCAAUUGGAGACCAGUAAUAUGGGGUUUAAUUCUUCAAUUUUCAUUUGGACUCUUUACUAUCAGAUGGGCUGUUGGUCGAAGUAUUUUUCAAUGUCUUUCAAAUAAAGUGGCAACUUUUCUAAAUUUUGCACAAGCAGGUGCUAAGUUCGUAUUCUCUAAUGAACUCGUGGAUAACGGAGUAUUUGCUUUUUCUGCACUUCCCGUUAUAUUCUUCUUUAGUUUUAUGAUACAAGUAUUAUACUAUUGGGGAGUGAUGCAAUCGGUAAUACGAAAUAUUGGAUGGAUUUUACACUCGAUAAUGGGUACUACUGUUUGCGAGUCGAUCAAUUCAGCAGCUAACACAUUCCUUGGAAUGACUGAAUCUCCAUUAUUGAUCAAGCCUUAUCUCAACAAAUUAACUAACUCGGAAAUUCAUGCAAUAAUGUGUUCAGGGUUUGCUACAGUUUCUGGUACGGUAUUGGCAGCAUAUAUCAAAUUUGGAGCUAAUCCUACACAUCUAAUAACAGCGACAGUAAUGUCAGCUCCUGCAGCUUUAUGUUUCUCUAAACUUUUUUACCCGGAGACUGAAAAAAGCGUCACAACUUUCGAAAAUAUCGUUUUGGAAAAAUCACAAGACACAAGCGUAAUUGAUGCAGCGACCAAGGGUGCACUUGCAGGAAUCCCACUUAUUUUAGGAAUAAUUGCUAACAUCAUUGCUUUUGUUUCCGCUGUGGCUUUCAUAAAUGCCAUACUUUCCUGGCUCGGUGAACUGAUUGGAUAUGAUUUCAUAACAUUCGAGUGGUUGCUCUCGAAAGCAUUCAUGCCACUGAGCUGGUUGAUCGGUGUGCCAUGGACAGAAUGUGAAGACGUAGGUCAACUUAUUGGUUUGAAAACCGUAGUAAAUGAAUUUGUCGCUUACCAAAAACUUGGCCAAUUCAAAGAAGAACAGAGAUUGUCGGCAAGAAGUGAAGCAAUAGCAACUUAUGCUAUUUGUGGAUUUUCAAAUCCUGGGUCAAUUGGCAUUAUGAUCGGCGGUCUUAGUACUAUGGCGCCAGAGAAAAGAGAGCAAAUUACUAACAUUGCUAUGAGGUCUUUCAUCGCUGGAAGUAUGGUUACCUUUUUGACAGCAAGUAUCGCAGGAAUAUUGAUGGACGAUAGCUACUUCGAAACUGUAUCUUAAAUUAGACUAUAUUGCUUUUCAAGUUGAACAAUUUUAUAUUAUCUUCCAUCACGCUUAAAUUGCUCGUGAAAAACAAAACAUUUUGAGUUUAUCUACCAAUUAUAUUAUUAUAAAUAAUGUAAGUACUAUAAUAAUAAUUUCAAAAUAUAUGAUCAAUCGGUUGAUAAAACAAAAAUCGUAAAAAAUGAAAUACAUCA